UUCAUCAUUAAUACAUGAAGUAUUUAACUUUCAUGAACCGCUUCAUAUAAAUAUGCACACCCUUGACCAUAACUUCAAAAUCCAAAGUCUGCUCUUCUUUGUAAGUCAAAAUGGUCUCAACUUCUUCUCCUCCUUCUAAGUUGCAGGAAGUUCAAUCAGACCAAAAAUGGGUGGACAAUGGUCCUUCUCGCGAGGCCAAAUGGUGGUACUCAACAUUCCACACUGUGACAGCCAUGAUAGGUGCAGGUGUUCUCAGCUUGCCCUAUGCCAUGGCAUAUCUAGGAUGGGUUCCAGGAACCUUGAUGUUGUUGUUAUCUUGGUGCCUGACCUUAAACACAAUGUGGCAAAUGAUCCAACUCCAUGAAUGUGUUCCUGGAACUCGUUUUGAUCGUUAUAUUGAUCUUGGUAGACAUGCUUUUGGACCAAAACUUGGACCAUGGAUUGUGCUGCCUCAGCAAUUGAUUGUCCAGGUUGGAUGUGAUAUUGUCUACAUGGUCACUGGAGGGAAGUGCCUUAAGAAGUUCAUGGAGAUUGCAUGCACCAAUUGCACACAACUCAAGCAAUCCUACUGGAUUCUAAUUUUUGGUGCCAUCCAUUUCUUUCUGUCUCAGCUUCCCAAUUUCAAUUCUGUUGCUGGUGUUUCUUUAGCAGCAGCUGUGAUGUCAUUAAGCUAUUCAACCAUAGCCUGGGUGGCUCCUUUGGCUAAAGGUAGAGUCGACAAUGUUAGCUAUGCCUACAAGCAAACAAGUACAACUGACUUAUUGUUUCGAGUUUUCAAUGCACUUGGUCAAAUUUCAUUUGCAUUUGCUGGCCAUGCUGUGGUCCUUGAAAUUCAAGCUACAAUUCCAUCAACUCCUGAGAAACCAUCAAAGAUACCAAUGUGGAAAGGUGCUGUUGGGGCCUAUUUCAUCAAUGCUAUAUGCUAUUUCCCAGUUGCACUUGUAGGAUAUUGGGCCUUUGGAAGAGAUGUUGAUGAUAAUGUGCUUAUGGCACUUGAAAAACCUGCAUGGCUCAUUGCCUCAGCUAACUUAAUGGUAUUCAUUCAUGUUGUUGGUAGCUACCAGGUUUAUGCUAUGCCUGUUUUUGACUUGAUUGAGAGGAUGAUGAUCAAAAGAUUCAACUUCCCUCCAGGACUAAGACUUAGACUAGUUGCUAGAUCUUCUUUUGUAGCUUUUACAUUAUUCAUUGGGAUUACAUUCCCUUUCUUUGGUGAUCUUCUUGGGUUCUUUGGUGGAUUUGGUUUUGCUCCCACUUCAUAUUUUCUUCCUAGUAUAAUGUGGCUGAUAAUCAAGAAGCCAAAGAGAUUCAGCAUCAACUGGUUCAUCAAUUGGGCUGCAAUAUAUAUUGGAGUGUGCAUUAUGUUGACAUCCACAGUUGGUGGCUUGAGGAAUAUUAUUGCUGAUUCCUCCACUUAUAAAUUCUACACCUAAACUAUAUUGUUAAUUGUCAUUGUAAGAAUAUGGCAUCUUUAAUUGAUCAAGUUAAUUAGACUGCACUAGUUGAUAAUCUAUUUAAUAGUGUCCUUUGUUCCUUUGACCAGAAACUCUCUUUAUA